CAGCCGCCGCCGCGCUAUAUAAAUAACCAGCGGAGAGGGGCAGUGGACUGCACACGAGCCUCCUCUGAUCCGAAGGAGCUGAAGUAACACUUCAGCCACUCUCCCCUAAUCCCUAUCCGGCCGCUUAACCAACCCCGCACGGAUCGCGGAGCUGGUUGCCUCCCACUUCUCCGGCGGCCGCCGCGUUGCAGAGACGUUUCGGUAUGAGGAAGGGCGCGGAGCUCUUGGUCCUGCUGGUCGCGUCGUCCCUCUGCCUGUCCGCUGCGAUUGCCGCGCAGGAAACCUGCCCGGCCGACAUCGACGCCAAGUGCGGCGAUGCCGCUUCUGAUGACUGGGAGGGCGAGUUCUUCCCCGGCAUUACCAAGAUCAGAUAUGAGGGUCCUACCAGCAAGAAGCCGCUUUCUUACAAGUGGUAUAACGCGGAGGAAGUGAUCCUUGGAAAGAAAAUGAAAGAUUGGUUGCGGUUCAGCGUGGCGUUCUGGCAUACAUUCCGGGGUACUGGAGGAGACCCUUUUGGUGCAGCCACAAAGAACUGGCCUUGGGAGGAUGGCACCAAUUCCUUGGCCAUGGCUAAGAGAAGAAUGAAAGCUCACUUCGAGUUCAUGGAGAAGCUUGGAGUUGAGAGGUGGUGCUUCCAUGACAGGGACAUCGCCCCUGAUGGCAAGACACUCGCGGAAACAAAUGCUAACUUGGAUGAGAUAGUUCAGCUGGCAAAGCAACUCCAGAGUGAGACCAAUAUAAAGCCAUUGUGGGGGACUGCACAGCUUUUCAUGCAUCCACGUUACAUGCACGGAGCUGCUACUAGCCCAGAGGUCAAGGUGUAUGCUUAUGCUGCUGCUCAAGUGAAGAAAGCUUUGGAGGUUACUCACUACCUAGGCGGUGAGAACUAUGUAUUCUGGGGUGGAAGAGAGGGUUACCAAACUCUUCUCAAUACCGAUAUGAAGAGAGAACUUGAACAUUUGGCUAACUUUCUUCAAGCUGCUGUUAACCACAAGAAGAAGAUUGGCUUUAACGGAACAUUGUUGAUAGAGCCUAAACCACAAGAACCAACAAAGCAUCAGUAUGACUGGGAUGUUGCAACUACAUUCUCUUUCCUACAGAAGUUUGGUCUUACAGGAGAAUUCAAGAUAAAUGUCGAGUGCAACCAUGCUACUCUCUCUGGGCAUAGCUGCCAUCAUGAGCUUGAGACUGCACGCAUUAAUGAUAUUCUUGGAAACAUUGAUGCAAACACUGGUGAUCCACAAGUUGGUUGGGACACGGAUGAGUUCCUUACAGACAUUUCAGAAGCUACCUUGAUUAUGUCAAGUGUAGUUAAGAACGAUGGACUUGCACCUGGUGGCUUCAACUUCGACGCCAAAUUGCGGAGGGAGAGUACUGAUGUUGAGGACCUGUUUAUUGCCCAUAUCUCUGGGAUGGACACCAUGGCCCGUGGCCUCCGCAAUGUUGCCAAGCUGAUUGAGGAUGGUUCCCUGGACGAGCUUGUCCGCAAGCGCUACCAGAGCUUUGACACUGAGAUUGGCGCCAUGAUCGAGGCUGGGAAGGGAGACUUUGAAACGCUAGAAAAGAAGGUCUUGGAGUGGGGCGAGCCAACCGUUCCAUCCGGCAAACAGGAACUGGCUGAGAUGCUGUUCCAGUCCGCUCUGUAGAUGACAGCCCACGGUUCUAGGAAUAAAAGCAAGAGCACGCCUUCGAACGCCCAGUCGUCCUCGUCACUAUGGGUGAUGUUCUAUAGUUAGGCCUCCAUGCAAUGAACCCUGUAAACAAACUGCAUGGAGCUGAAAAUAAUGUAACCUUAUAUCAGAAUUAAACUUGUUCGCCAACAUGGAGUUGGGCUGAACUAUGUUCCAAUUUUC